GGCGAUGAUCUGUCGAAAUUUGAUCUUUUUAGAAAAUUCAAAGCUGAGAAUGACAAAAGGCAAGCCAUACAAUGUGUUGGUCAACUCGUUCAAUAUUCUGCUCGACUCCUUGCCCAGCAGCACCGUACAUCCUGCUUUAUCAUCUUGCUGUGCGGCCUGAGAGCUCGUUUCAUCCGGUGGGAUCGCGCUGGAGCCAUGGUGACUCGCGCUUUCAACUACACGAAGUCGGAUUAUCUCCUUGAAUUUCUAUGGCGAUAU